AUGGCGGGUUCUCUAUGGAGAGGACUUACUGUCCUCUACUUCUUGCUAUGCACAGCACUUCCAGCUUUCGCAACUGUCUCAAUUAGGGGUGUUCAGGCUGGAGUUGACCAGAGGACUGGUCAAAGACCGGCGCGUCAAAACCUUGCGACCUGGGAGUUCUCUGGUCCUGGUUUCGAUCUCUAUAUCCAAGCUCUCCGUGCAUUCCAGUACAGUGAUCAGAAGGAUAUUCGCAGCCACUUUUCCAUCGCCAGUGUCCACGGGUUGCCAUAUGGACCAUGGGACGGCGGUAUGCAAUCCUCCAGGCAGCAGGGAUACUGUUUGCACGACUCAACCCUGUUCCCUCUCUGGCACAGACCCUAUCUUGCUAUUCAUGAGAGAAUUGCCGCCACUUACCCUGCGAAUGUCCGUGCCAAAUACGUCGCCGCUGCGAAGACCCUUCGAAUCCCAUACUGGGAUUGGGCAAGCAACCCCGAUAUUCCCCGUUCUAUGUCCUCCGCGAAAAUCAACAUCAACACUCCUACAGGCAUGCAGAGUGUCGACAGCCCCCUAUACCAGUACAAAUUUGAUCCAUCUGUCCAAAAGGGUUUCCCGGCCGGUGACUCGUUCACAUCUUUGUCGCAUUCUACUCGAUACCCCGAUUCUCGAGGAGAGUCUCAGAAUAACAGGGCCAUAAGAGCUAUGAGAUCCAACGGUGCAUCACUCAGAUCAAGUGUGUACCAGCUUCUCUCUGGUGAAAAGGACUACAGCACCUUCUCAACCCAGGCAUUGCCAAACAAGGAAGGUUACAACAACGUUGAGACCGUCCACGGAUACGUCCACAGCUUGGUAGGAGGAGAGGGACAUAUGACUUACAUCCCAUGGUCUGCAUAUGACCCGAUUUUCUGGCUUCAUCAUGCAAAUGUCGACCGCUUGAUUGCCCUAUGGCAAGCUAUCAAUCCUGAUUCAUACGUUAAGCCUGUACCAAACCGUGGUGGAGGCUACGUCACUCAACCAGGCACCAUUGAAGACGGUAACUCACCAUUAUACCCAUUCCACGCAAAUGAUAAUACCUACUACACCGCAAACUCAGCACGAUAUACCCGAACCUUCGGAUACACUUACCCCGAAAUUGAAGACUGGGGUGUCAGCAAACAACAGCUCCAGGCUAACGUCCGACGAAAUGUUAAUGCUCUAUACAACCCAACCAACAGAGUUGACUCUAGCAACAAUGUUGCGAAGCGAGCAUCAAGACACUCCCAUGCCCACAGAUCUGAAGGUUACGGCGAAGGCGAAAACUACAGUCAUGGUCACACUACGCCAGACGUUGAUAAUAUACUGGACAAUGCCUUUAACAUGAUCGAUGCGAUCGGAGACUCCAUUGGUAAAAGUUUGGAAAAGUUCGAUGAAUGGGGUAUUAACAACAUGAAGAAACAGUGGGUUAUCAAAAUCAGGGUCAACAAAGCCGCCGUGGCCAGACCCUUCAGCAUCCACUUCUUCAUGGGAGACGCACCAAAGGACUCGAGCACCUGGAGAUAUGCCCCCAACUUGGUCGGAUCUUACGGAACAUUCGUUCAUGGAAUGGGUAUGGCGGACCCUAGCAUCGUCUGUGGUGAGAUUCCGCUCUCGCCCGCCCUUGCUGCCUUGCUGUCCACUAGCACCAUCCUCGGAUUGGACGAACAUAUCGUUGUUCCCGUCCUCACCAAAUUCCUCACCUGGAAAAUCCAGGACCAAGCCGGUGCCGUGAUCCCAACCGAGGACGUUGCCAAGUCCAAUGGCGGCCAUGGCCUGGAGAUCCGUGUUGCCAAACGUGACGUUAAGCCGUUGGCUAAGGGUGACCUAGACAACUUCCCUACAUACGGAGAGUGGAAGACAUAUGAGUCCUGUACCAAGGGAAAGGCCGGCGGUUAUUAA